CACAGUGGACUUCAUUUGAGCGACACGUCAGUGCGAGCAGCGGCGUUUGGUGGAUUUAAACCUUAUCUCUUUUUACUUUUUCUCAUCUUUCCAGCACCCUAAAGACUUGAGCAACCAUUGUUGUCUUUUUUAGUUGUUUUUUUUUACUACAUUUGCCAGCCAGGAAGGAUGUAGCUGUUAAUAUGGAGCUGCCGGGGAGGCUUCUCAAGGUUAAUGAAUCUGUAACCGCGAGCAAUAUGGCACCAGAUUCCCCACUUCACGCAUACAGUACAUGCCACACGGAAAAGCAGAACCUCUCCUUGGUGAGCCAGAUGGCCUACAUGGCACUCAGCGUACUGCGGUCCCUUGCAUUCUAAAGAAGACAUCUGAACAUUUUCCACUGCAUGUUACCAAAUUGGCUGCAAGAUGCCAGAUUCAAUUAACAAAAGCAGAUGACCACUGCUUAGUGCGGAUCACAUACACCAGCAAAAAACAAGCAGGCUUUUAAUCCAGAAAGUAUUCCUCCUCUGUGCGAAGAAUCUGCUUGCCGUGUGGAGGAGGACCUGUGGGAAUACAAGGAUCAAUUCAAGGGCACGUUCACAAGCUCGCCGCAUCCCUUCCCCCUUCCAAAGAUGACGGCAAGGAUAGAAAGCUGAGCCCGGGAGUACGGUGGAGCUUGAUGAAUUCCGAGGAAUCUUAAAACAAACACUGUUCUUUCGUGUUAGUUGGUGCGAGGGUAGGUUACCAUGUGGGCAUCAGCGGCAGGCGCGCGCUGCCUCCCGGCCGCCGCCAUCCUUUUGGCCCUCUGCGUCCAAUCAGCGACGACCAUGGACGACGACGUGAGGCCGCGCAUCACUUUUCCAUACAAUGCAAAGGAGAGAUCGGCUAAAAGGUUCUCUGCCGAGGGCGUCUUCAAUUACACAUCGCUGCUGCUCAGCCAGGAGGACGACAUGCUGUACGUGGGGGCCCGGGAAGCGCUGUUUGCCCUCAGCCUCUCCGACAUCAGCAGGACUAAGCUGCAGAAGAAUCUAACUUGGGCUACUCCGCUUGGAAAGAGAGAAGAGUGCAGCUUCAAAGGGAAGAACCUCGAGACCGAUUGCUUCAAUUAUAUCAAGAUUCUGCUGCGUCUCAACAGCACUCACCUGUACGUGUGCGGCACCUACGCCUUCAGCCCCAUCUGCAGCUACAUCAACACGUCCACUUUCACGCUGGCGAGGGACGACGCCGGUGAGGUGGCGAUGGAGGAUGGACGCAGCCGCUGCCCUUUCAAUCCCGAGUACAAAUCCACCGCCAUCAUUGUUGAUGGUGAGUUGUACACGGGCACGGUCAGCAACUUCCAAGGGAACGAGCCUGUCAUUUAUAAGAGUUUGGGCCAAGGAAUGGCACUAAAGACGGAAAACUCUUUGAAAUGGCUGCAAGAUCCAUUCUUUGUGGGCUCGGCUUACAUCGAGGAGAGUCAGCCAAUAGGGAACCCUGUGGGUGACGAUGACAAAAUUUACUUCUUCUUCAGCGAGGCGGGGAAGGAAUUUGACUUCUUCGACAACACCAUUGUGUCGAGGAUCGCUCGCGUGUGCAAGGGCGACAGAGGUGGCGAGCGUGUCCUGCAGAAGAAGUGGACCACCUUCCUGAAGGCCCAGCUCCUGUGUUCCCUGCCAGAUGAUGGCUUCCCUUUCAACAUCAUCCAGGACAUGUUUGUCCUGAAACCCAUGGGAGACAGCUGGGAGAGCACUGUCUUCUAUGGCGUCUUCACGUCACAGUGGUACAAAGGAGCGUCAGGCAGCUCUGCAGUGUGUGCCUUCACCAUGGCACAGGUGGAACGGGCCUUCAAUGGACGCUACAGGCAGGUCAACAGGGAGACCCAGCAGUGGUACACGUACAAUCACCCUGCACCUGAACCACGACCCGGAGCUUGUGUGACCAACCACGCCAGGCAAAUGGGAAUCCAGUCGUCCUUGCACAUGCCCGACAAGGUGCUCAACUUCGUUAAGGACCAUUUCCUGAUGGACAGUGUAAUCCGCAGCGCUCCUUUGUUGCUCAAACGCAGCGUGCGCUACACGCAGAUUGCUGUCCACAAGAUCCAGGGCAUGGAGAGGGCCUAUGAUGUGCUCUUCAUUGGAACAGAUGACGGAAAGCUACACAAAGCCGUCAACGCCAACGACAAGAUGCACAUCAUCGAGGAGAUGGUUCUGUUUCCCGUCCCGCAGCCCGUGCAGCACAUCGAACUGGACCCUCAGAGGGGCCUGCUGUUUGUGUCAUCCUACUCUGGCCUUGUGGAGGUCCCCGUGGCUAACUGCUCCAACUACCAAAGCUGUGGAGAGUGUGUCCUGUCUAGAGACCCUUACUGUGCCUGGACCGGACGGUUGUGUCGGGACGUCAGGAUGGCACCGCCCGACAGCCACUGGCAGCAAGAUGUGGAGGAGGCUGAUACAUCGGCCAUUUGUAACAAGACGCUCUUCGGCCCGAGAGCUGUCCGACCAGCAGCUGCCCGUGGAUCCCGUUGCCAUCUUAUCACAAUCCCUACCAACACAUUACGGGUCUUGCCCUGCAAGCUGCGCUCCAACCUGGCCCAGAGGAAGUGGCGCUACAGCGCCAGCCAGUUCCUCUACACCACCCCCGAGGGCAGCCUGGUGGUGGUGGCGCAAGCCGACAAGACGGAGACCUACGAGUGCUGGUCGGAGGAGGAGAGUUUCCGCCAGCUGCUGGCCAACUACUGCGUGAGAGCGGAACCUCACCUUGAGAGCACCACGACCGCGGUGAGCCACUCACGCACGCCACACGUGAAGCGCGAGGAGGUCAUGAUCCUUCCAGGCGAGUCUCGCUCGGAGCAGAUCCACACCAAGACCUACUGGAACGAGCUCAUCGUGGUGUGCGCCCUGCUCGCCUUCUCCCUCGUUGUCUUCUCCUUGUUCGUCAUCUACCGCAACCGCGACCACAUGAAGUCGAUGCUCAAGCAGGGUGAGUGUGCCAGCAUGCAGCAGAAGAAGCCCAGGAUGGCCGGCAAGCCCACAGAGAGCCUGCCGCUCAACGGCAACACCAUCCCUGUGUCCACGUCGGACCACAAGGGCUACCAGACACUCAACGACAACUACAUCUGCAGCACGCCAACCAGGGAGUCCUCGCCAGAGAGCAAGAGCUUCUCCGACGCGUCCGAUGGGCGGCCACUCAACAUCAAAGAAAGCCACGUGGAGUACUCGCCCACUUGCCCCCGGCCCAGAGUGCGGUUAGGCUCGGAAAUUAAAGACUCCAUUGUGUGAGACGAGACGCUGACAUAUUUUUGUGUUGCUCUUUUUUUUUUUUGCUUUCAAGCUGCGUGGGAUGGCAAAAGCAGCUCCAGCAGGGUCGAGGACUUGACAGCUGCUCUCCAAUAGUUUAGUCAAUUUCCUCAUGGCCACUAAUUGCAUACGAAAUGCGUGCCUAGUGUGGCAAUGCAAGACAGAAGACGGUCUCGCAGUAUUUAUGUCUUCAAGUCAAUUGUCCUUAGACGUCUACUGCCCUGGCCGUACAAAAGCCACCAAGUUCAGGUUCAACGAGGACGAAAAACUGAUGCGUUCUUACUAUGUCUGUGUGGACGAUGAUGAACAGAUAAAGGACGAUGAGACUGUAUAACAGCUUAACAGAUCAAAGAGGCAACGAAAAGGCCACUAAACGCGCAAACUCGUACCUCCUGAAUGUAUGUCCGGAAAAGAAAAGAAAAAGUCUGUUUAUUCGCACAUACCAGUGAACGCACCGUGGACCGUCGGACGGCAAGCGUCUACGCUGAAUCAUGCAGGUACUACGAUGAUUAGGAAAUAUGGGAGCAUUAAGCGGGGUACACGCAUACCUAUAAUCAGGCUGAAUUUGAGCAUUUUUCCUCCCUUGAUCGAAGUCGCCAAAGGCCUAAUUGUCGGUUGUCUCUAAACGAUUAUCCUGAGCAAUUAACCAGGGGUGUCAGGUGUUGAGAAUUAUUUUUUCCAUGUCCAAUCUGCUUGGAAACCAACAAUCGUAAUGUUAAGCCUGUUCAGUAUUUACGAUUUUACACAAUUGUCUAUCGUGUGGUCAACACCAAGAUGGGCUGAUACACGGACACUGUGAUUGUGACAUGGAAGAGAAUGCUAGCCAAUCAGCAAGCUCGCUGAAGCUGGCGCUGUUGCUCAACACAAACAAAGGAGAAACUGGUUGUCUUGCUUGUUUGUAGAACGUGUCAUUCAAAUCAUUCACCCCAAAAAAAUAAAUGACAAGGAGACGAGAAUAGUUUGCACCAGAUUAACUAACACAUGGGCUGUGUUCAGACUCAUUCACGCAUUCCCCACCUCUACAUUUUUUUUAUGUAGUGGACAACAGCGAACCCUCGCAUAUUUGCAGUUCAGCAUUCGCCAAUUUGCCUAUUUACGAAUUUGUUUUGGAACAUAUCCUCCGCUCUUUGCUGAAAAACUAUCAGUAUUGCUUUGGCACCAUCUGGUGGCAUUUUGGUGUCAAGGAACUAUGUUGCAGUGAGUUUUUUGGCUGUCUGGAUACCCUGUAGCACCAUGCUGCCUCUCACAGGUCAGUUUUGACACUAUGACAGACAUGGUUAUGUGUGCUGUGUUGGUCAUCUUGAGUAGAACACACUUUUGGAUUUUCUUGUCGUGUGUAAAAAUUGGUAUGCGUAUACCCCACUUUACUUAACAGAAAGCCAAGGAGUAAGAAAAAACAUUUUCAGGGUCGCACCGAAUCAUCAUGUGCUCGCUGCCAAAAAAAAAAAAAUUAAAAAAUAAUAAACUGAAAAAGAAGCAACAAUGAACUCAUCAAAAUGCAAUACUGCCAUUGUAUUGUGAUGACCAAUUCCACAUCAUUUGAUUUAGCAUUGCAAAGAGCAAACAGAGGGUUUUGCUAAAGGCAUUAAAAUAUCAUCCUGUGUUCAGUGGUGUUUUUAUAUGAAUAAAAGAAAACGGUGGAUCGCAGACCACUUAGGUAGAUACAGUAUAAACCAGGAUAACUACACUACUCUUACUGUCGGCUUCUCUUACUACAGCAACGUACGCAACUGUGCAGCCCACAAAAAAAAAAAAUAUCAAACCUAAAAUAGAAUAUUAGCUAGCAGCUACAGCAGUGGAAAACAACAGAAUUGUCUUUUCCUGGUCACAUCACAUUGUCGUGGUCACCUGUUGCUAGGCAGGAGUCGUGGGGUACAACAAGCCCAAUGAAAAAUCUCGACUCAUUGUUCCUGCCACCUCUCCCGGACCUUUCUCGGAUGUUGUGGUGCGGGAGCCCACUGCAUUAGGUCAUAGUUAAGUGUGACUGGCAUAUCGAGCAUGUAUAUGAAAAUUUUUAUUUUAAUGAAAUGGUUUUUACUUUAUUUUAUUUUAAAAAUGCUAUUUAUGGGACACUGACAGUACAAACGCUAACUACCGACUUGGUGCAGCAGCCAUCCAAGAAAGGACAGGGAGAUAUGGCAGAAAAGAGGAAGUCGGUCAGAUGCAAACCAAGGAUAUUUUUCCAAAAACAUCAGUAUUAUGUUUAUUUAUACACAAUUUACGCACAACUAUGUAUUGGAUAUUUUAAAAAGACAUCUGUCGGACAUUUCUCCCCCCCCAAAAUGUUUCAUUCCAAGCACGCAUCCAUCAUCACUUGAGUCCGAUGAAAGUACAAAAAAAUCAGGGUGUUUGCACAGUUUGUCAAUUUACACAUAAAAUGCAACUACUGUACUGAGAAAAUAGCAAGAAAUUACGCUGGGACCAUUGUGAACAUUCUGUGUACACUAUUGAGACUUAAUAAGCAGACGUUUCCCAAAGAUGUUAGAAGCUCAUAGAGAACAAUAUUACUAACAAUGUACAAUAGGGCACAUAAUAUAUACAGCACCACUUUACUGAACUUUCCGUAUCUAUUUCAGCAUAAAACCUUUCAAAUACUAAGUGACUGACAAGUGGUUCUGUUCCAUCGCAUCCAGCUGACAGUGUAAUUGCAUAGCGUAGCGCGCAAAAAGUGGUCUGUGUUUCUUUUUUGCUUUAUAUUGACGAUCUGUGCUUAAUAUUGUGUGCGUGUGUGAGUUUUUAAGGGACCUUGUGUAAGAUGUGUUGUAUAGAACUGAACCUUUUGCCACCCAUAUUUUGCUGCCUCCAUACGUAAUACUGCUAAUGAGCACACUUGUGUUUGUGCAUCAAGCAUAUCAAAGCAGUAUCUAGUUAUACUGUACAUUUAGUAAAAGAGGACAACAGCUACGUCAAUUACAAAUAUGCCGAUACUAGCCACUAGUUAGCUUAGCAAUUCUGGAAAUGGUGCCUUUAUAACUUAAAAGGUGACGCUUCAGUUUAGAAUGUGCCAAAAUUGUGUAAAUUGGGCCUUAACAUGCUGGUGGUUUGAUAUGGUUACUGCUAGAGUGAUCCAAGCUACCUGUGUUUGUGCUAACUGCUAAGUGUGUUUAAAUCUGAAAAUGUGCAUUUUUAAAUCAAUUUUUAAAUCCCAAUCUACAAUCCCAAUCUGGGGCGUAGCACCAGAUUCUAGGCCCACAUACAGUAGCUUUAUGGAGGGCCCCCUCCUAAAAUAAUUUAUCGGGGGGGCAGUCAGAGGCCCUCCAAAAUGCUCAUGGCCCUGGGACAGCUGUCCCCUUUUUCCCCUCAGUGCAACGCCCCUGAUAAUAAUGGGGCCAUGCGCUAAUACCAGUCACGAGGUAGCUUAGCAAUAGUAAAAACUGUGACACAGCUUUUAAUCGUCUCUUAAACAUUCAUAUUUAUGAAUUGGUCCUGAACUCGUGCCUACAUAGAUUUUGUUACAUUUAGAGCGAGCUAAGCUUGCUACAUUUGUGAAGCUUGUUGAAAUCUGCAAAUUUACAACAUUAAUUUAUUGAGUAUUGGAAAGUCUACAAUCCCGAUAUCGCGUCCAUAUGCUAAUACUUGUCCCUCACGCUUGUUAUCCUAGCAUAGCCAUACACUACAAACGGUGACACUACAGUUUUUAAACUUGUGUUUUAAAGCUGAAUAUGUGUAAAUUUGGCCUUGACAUACUUCGAGAAUUAGUCAAGCUAACUGCUAAAUUCGCUCAAAUUUGCAAAUACUGUAUACGCCAUUAACUAACUUUUAACUGAAAUUGUUAAAAGUCAAGAAUCUCAAUUAGUCCAUAUGGUAAUACUAGCCUCUAGUUAGCUUAGCAAUGCUUGAAAUUGUGCCAAGCAUAACUUAACUUGACACUUCAGUUUAAAACGUGUGUAUUAAAGUCAAGUGGCCUACAGUAUGUGUGAACUGUGCGUUAUUAGGAUUUCCUCAGUUUCUAGGCAGGACACGCCCCACUGCAACAUGAUUGGCUCCUGCGUCGCGGGAAGGGCAGGCCACGCAGAUAUACAGUAACAAGGUGACCAUCCCAAACAUGUAUCACAUUUGUACGAAAUAAAAACAAAGAAGUUUGUUAUGGUUAAAUUUAGGGCGAGGGUUGGGGAUUAAGGUGAUUUAGGAUGGGUUAAGGUUCGGAUUAGGGUGAGUUAGGGUUAGUGGGAAACAUAUUAACCCCACCACACUUAAAUCACAUACUUCUUUUCCCAUCUGGAAGCAGUGGAGCGUAUUCUACCGGGAUACAGCAUCCAAUCAUAGAGCAGCGGCGCUCGUCUCGGAGUCAGUUUAUAUUGCAGCGGGGCGUGUCCUGCCUGAAAACUUUGUGGGAGUCCUAAUAACACAUGAGCUGCGCCGAAACAUGCUGCUAGUUAGAAUUGGUAACUCCAAGAUGAGACAAUUUAGCUAAAAAUUGUUUGGAUUUACAUUCCCCCCCACCCACCCCUCCCCAUAGGAACUACUGAAAAUGUAAUUAAGGACCCUGGGAACUUGAUUACUUGAUCAAAAGAAGAAUAUGCUGCUUUCAUAUGCUUGAUAACCACAUAAAAGUAUAAAAUGCCUUUGUCGUUCUGCCUUUUUUUCGACACGUGCCAUGUCGUACCGCCGAGCAAAACAUUUUCAAUUCGCAACACGGGUCAUGCUACCAUUGCUUACAUUAGCCGCUAACCACAAGACUGGGGGCUGCUUAAAAUGCUUUCUUAUUUUGCACGCACAUGCCUUUCUCCAACUCUGACGUGUACAGUAUACAGUAGUUACCAUUUGGCCUUAAUUGUCGACAUGCAUAUUUAUUAAUGAUGAGCAUUUUGUUCCAACGCAGUUAAGCAUGCUUCGUUUUGAGCAGCUCCUCGGUGAUGCAACAUACUGUACUGGACAUGAAUGUAGCCACAUGUGUAAAGCCAUUUUCCUUUAAUGGCCCCCUCAUUGCUUUAUUAUUAUUUCAUUUUUUAGUUGUUUUUUUUUUUCUCCAAAACAGUCCCAUGACAAAUACCAGCACAAUACAAGUACAACUAACAUUCAAUUUUCCUUAUCGGCCUCAUCCAACGAAACGCUAUCCACUUAGUUAACUGAAAAACAGAGUAGACAAAUGUGGUCUUGCCUGCAUGAUUCCCUUCUUUUUUAUUAUUAUUAUAAUUAUUCGUCGUGUAAAUACUUGUGAACUGUAUUUUUUUUUGUAUUAUGGAGAUGAAUUGUGACUGUUGUUUUUGUUAUAAUGUACAUAAAAAGCACUUUAUUUUAAAGUUUUUAAGAUAAAUGAAUAAAAUCAAUGUUUUUGACA